AUGUCUAAAAAGCCCUCUGCCAAGACACUUGGGGAACUCGUUAUUAUCGCUGUCAAAGCGCGCCAUUUAGCAAAUCCUGGCGUAGGCAAAGCCGAUCCAUUUGCCACAUUCAGAGUUGCUAACAACGCAAAGCGGACUCGUACUGACAAGCGCGGUGGUCAGCAUCCAGAAUGGGACGAUGAAGUCAGGUUUCAGAUCUUGGACGAUUCAACUCACAAGACGCUCAAGGUACAAGUGUAUGAUGAAGAUAAGAGAGAGCAUGACUUGAUUGGCGAAGCUACCAUUGAUUUGAAUAAAGUAAUAAACGAAGGCGAGUGUGAUGAUUGGUAUGAACUGAAAAUGAUGAAAAAAAAAUUCGCUGGUGAAAUAUUUCUAGAGAUGACAUUCUAUAGUGCUAGUGCUCCUCCACCGCCUUCCAAGCCAGCAGGACUUACUAAUGAAGUCAGGAAACCAGAAAAACUGCCACCCAAAGCGUCUCCACCCCCACAACGUCCUCAUUCAACAUUGCCGCCGAGCUAUUCUUCUCCCCCCGCUUCAUAUCCACCCGCGCCUGUACCACCAGUAUCUGCUGCUGGAUAUCCACCGCCGCAACCUCAGAGUACAUUGAACUACCCACCAAACAAACCCGUUAGUCAAGGAUCAUAUUAUCCGCCGGCGCCUCCUAUAACGGCUCCCUAUCCGCCGCAGCCAAACGUUUAUCCUCCAGUUGCACCAUAUCCACCAAUCUCAUCACCUCCCUCUGUUUCGCCUCCGGUCUCAUCACCUCCUUCUACCAUUGCUUUUCCUACUCCAGAACCUACUCCAGUUGGCGCAUUUAAUAAUGGAUAUCCACCUGCGUCUGGGUAUCCACCUGCGUCUGGAUAUCCACCGACUAAUGCCUAUCCCCCAUCCGCUUAUCCUCAGCAAGGUGCAUAUCCUCCAUCACCUUAUCAACAUGGCAGUUACAGCUCAGGCUAUCCUCCAUCUUGA